AACUUAAGACGCGCAUAAUACUCUUCUAAACAUCGCACUUCCACGAAAUCCACGAUUUAUAGCACUUAUCCCAUCUCACUGUGCACAAAUAUAUUAGUAAUCGCGUUUCACAGAGGUAAUUUAGCUGUUUUAGUGAUAAUCGAUUUAUCGAAAGCGUGUGUUGAAAGACAUGCAACAUGGUGCUGGCUAGUGACCGCAGCGCACUCAGUCUGACUUUUGUCGUGUUGAUAGAUUGAGAGUCAUGGAUGGGAAUAAAACUGCUGUACGAUUAUUCCGCGAAGGGCGGUAUCGAUUGUAUAAGUGGUUUCAGAAAUGGAUGAGCCGAGGAGCAGAAGAAGAGACGGAAGAGCACGGAGACCCCGUGGACGUGUCGCACAUCGUGAACCUGCUACGGGCCGGGCUGGGCUUCAGGCUGCGCCAUGUGGACCAGGGGCAGGGCAUGCUGCCAUGCGUCGAGGGGCCCGGCUGCCGCGUCGUGGCCACCUGCACCUUCUCGGGACUGCGCGCAGUGCUAGAGCUGCCGCAGUCCACGUGCUGCUGCCGCCGCUCCGACACGGACACGGAGACGCACUUCUGGAGCGUCUCUUCCAGCACGGAAUCACUUCAUGAAGCUGGUUGUUCAUCAUUGCCAGAAUUAAACCAAGGGUUGGGGAAAGUUGUGAGAGAAGUAUUGAGCCAACUCCAUCAUGUUAUGAUUGAUCUAAAUAAUCCACUGGCAAUAAGAGAGAUUGCAACAAAAAUUAUGACAACAGGUAGUUUGCAAUCACUUACUCCAAGCCCUGGUAUGGAAACAAUGAGGCGUGUUAGCUCAUCACCCAUUCUUUCACAAGAUAGUAGCUCUGUUUGGUCACAUCAAGGCCCAAAUGAGCAUCUGAAACGUGAAGAAUCAGCAGUUUCAUUGCAG